GUCAAAAAAUCCUCAUAAAAAUCAUAUAUUUAAAAAAUUUACGUUGAGACGUCUUACAAGAUUACACUUAAUACGAAAUAAUAUUUUUUUUUUCUUAUACAUUAAUUCAAUCUACGACUACGACUAAGUUUUAAAAUUUUAGUCGAAUCAAAUAAUCCAAAUCAGAUCCGACCACGACAAUUCAAUACUACGUAUUUGACCCGAAACGAAAAAAAAUUUCCCUCCCAUUUUACCCGCCAAAACGAGGAACCUUUAUAUAAAAAUUGAAAAUUGAAGAGAAAUUGUUCCUCUUCUUCACUCAAAUCCCCAAUCUCAAAAAUCAGAUCCUCUGCAAUUUCAACAUCAACCUACGAUCAUGAGCGACGCCGGAAACGGUGGCGCAGCUCCGACGGGAUGCUACAAGUGCGGCCGACCUGGUCACUGGUCUCGCGACUGUCCUUCUAACCCUAACCCUAAUCCUAACCCUAACUCUAACCCUAAUGUCAAUUCAACUUCUUCUUUCCCAAAAUCCUCCAACAAUUUCUCAAAGUUCAACAAUGGUGGUAAUGGCAACAGCAGUAGCUUCCAAUUGAAGCCUACUGCUUCUGCUUCGAAGCCGAAGAAGGUGCCUAGAACUCGGCCUAAGCUUACCCCGGAGUUGCUGCUUUCUGAGCAAGGUCUUGGGUACAUUCUCCGCUAUUUUCCUCGUAAUUUCAAGUACAGAGGUCGUGGUCAUGAGGUCAAUGAUCUGAGGAAUUUACUUCGUAUGUAUGCUGAAUGGCAUGCACAAUUACUUCCAUACUUUCCAUUUGAUCAGUUCAUACACAAGGUAGAGGAAGCUGGAUCUUCAAAACGUGUGAAGACAUGCAUUGCUGAGUUAAAAGAAAGAGUUGCUAAUGGAGGGGAUCCCACGAAACUGAACGAGUCAGUUACUGAAAAUGAAAUCUCGUACGAUAAAGAAGAUGUCCUAAAUGUGGAUGAGCCCACUCAUAAUCAAGAGGACUUACCUUUCAAUGGAAAUGAUGCUGAUGAGAUGCAUGACCGGACAUUUAAUGGGACUAAUGUUGAUGAGAUGCAUGACAUGCCUGUCAAUGGGAAUGAUGAUGAUGAUGAUGACAUGCUCAAUGAAAUAUAUGACAAGACUAUUGAAGAAACAUCCAUAUCUAGGAAAUCUAACGCUAUAAGUGCUGAUCUGCCACCAAGUGACAUUUCAAUCGAACAAAGAGAUCAAUCAUUAGGUGAUGGUGGAAAUUCCCUCUCUAUUGGGAUAACAGAAGAACAAAAAUCACUGACGGAAGCCAAGAAACUGAAGGCUCUUGAAAGAGCUGCUACCCUGGGUGACAAAUCAAUGAAGAAUUCAGAUCAAUCAUCAGUUGUAGGAGCUGGCAGCCCCAACCCUACCGAGAUUACAGAAGAUCAAAAAUCACUAAUGGAAGCCAAGAGACAAAAGGCACUUGAGAGAGCCCGUGCUCGCAGUCGGCUGUUGCCAGCUUCUUGACCUUUAUAGGUGCAGUAGACAUGCUCUUGGUUUUGCUUUUACUUCAUCUGCAAAUUAUAGGACUCUUCUUUGUGGUUGGAGCAAUAUCACUGUAAAAUCUCUGAUAUGCUUUUGUAAAUUUGCUGUUGUGCUUCUGUCCUGAAAUCCUGUUUGCUUGCU